CGUCUCGUUGCUGAGGAAAUCGUACCACUGUUUGGUGUCCCGGACGCCUUGCUGUCUGACCGUGGAGCCAAUCUUCUGGCGCAUGUUAUGAAAGAUGUCUAGGGCCCCUCUGGAUGGACUGACAGAUGAGGACCCUGAUCAUUCUCCCAUGUCAGCUGAACCUAGCGUGGAACUGUCAACACCAAUGGAUGACUCUGAAGGAGGGCCACCGCAGACUGACCCUCCACUAACUGGAGAAGAUGAACCCAAUCCAGAACAGGUUCCUGAGAGUGUGGAAGAGCUGCAACCCAACAACAAACGUUAUGCACUGAGGGACCGCAUCCAUCAACGUCAGCCGCUGCGUCUGAUGGAAGUCAUUACAAGAGACAGGGACAGUUUGGGACGAACUGGCUGAAAAGGAGGGAG